UUUGCGAGAGCAUCCCCAAGCCUCGACGUCGCUCGCACAGAUGUCCGUGAACGUCGUCGCUGCGGUUGACGUCGCCGCCGCCUCCGCCGUCGACGUCGACGCUAGGCGUCACGACGGCGUCGGCAGCGGCGGUGGUGGCGCACACGCUGCUCCCCCUGAUGCGGGGUGGGCAAGUAUUGAUUGGUCGCCGUGGUCGCCGUCGUCGUAGGCGCCGUGCAAAAGGGUGGCGGAAUCGCCAGGCGCCAUCACGCGGGCCCGCCGCGACCGUGUCGUCGAGAAGGACGUCCAGCCAGCGUCCGGCCGCGGUCUCGACUCGCCGAAAAGAUGGUCAUGAUGGCUGGCAUGGACGACCAUGAGCGCAAAGUCGUCCUCGAGUUCUGUCACCUGCUCGAGAAGAGCAAGCAGCUGUUCAACGGGCUGCGCGACCUGCCGCAAUACGGGCAUAAGCAGUGGCAGGGUUACUUCGGGCGGACCUUUGACGUCUACACGAAGCUGUGGAAGUUCCAGCAACAGCACAGAACGAUACUGGACACGAAGUACGGCCUCAAGAGAUGGCAGAUCGGCGAGAUCGCUAGCAAGAUCGGCCAGCUCUACUAUCACUACUAUCUACGUACUAGCGAGACGAGCUACCUGCACGAGGCCUACUCGUUCUACGCGGCGAUACGCGGUCGCGCCUAUUACAGCCGCGCUGCUAAGGAGGACAGGAGCGAUCUGAUGGUGAAGAAGCUUAGGUAUUACGCCCGCUUCAUCGUCGUCAACCGUAUGAAACUUGUGCGGGAGCUUGUGCAGGAGCUCGACGCCCAGAUAGCCGAUUACACCAGCACCUACGAGCCCGAUGAUCAGCUCGAGUGGAACCUCGUCCUCGACGAAAUUAAAGCUUUCGUCAAGGCCGAGUCCGCGGUCGGUGUCCUGCACUCGGAUUCAAACCCCAUCGUGCUGACCCACAGGCUCGGUCCACAGACCUGCCCGCCCGUCGAACGAUCGCCACCCAUGUGCCUAUCUCUCCAAGAGAUCCUAAUAGUCGGCAAUUGCGCCGAUCAGGUGAAGUUCAGUGAGUUGUCAAUGGACAUGUUCAGAAUGCUGCAGACACUCGAGCGAGAGCCCAGAGACGAUCCGAAUCACCUGCACGACGCCUCGCCGGCCGGCCGGAUGCCCUUUAGACCCGGGCCCUAUCCUGGCCCGGAGAACGGCGCGCCGAGACGUGACAAUCCGCACAAGUACCUGCUGUAUAGGCCGACCUACAGCCAGGUACAAGUGUUCCUCGCAAGUGGCUUCAAGGAGCUACCGGCGAACGGCGCGUUACUGCUGUACCUGUCGGCGGAUGGCUGCUUCUCUACCGUCAAGCAUCCUGAAGAAAUGGGGUACGACCUGGGCGGCGUGUCCACGUGCAGCAAGAGGGAUCCAGAACACGGGAAGAGGCCGGCCGGCGGUAAGGAGCCGCACUGUCUGUACCCGGGUGAUCUGUAUCCCUUCACCAGGAAGCCGCUCUUUGUCGUCGUCGACUCGGACAACAGCUUCGUGUUCCAACAGAUACCGCGUUACUUCGGUCAACCCCUGAUGGUGCUAAUGUCGCCGCAGGACGUACCGCCGACCCUGCGCGACCUGCGACACGGUGGCAGCCUGUUCACCCUAUUUCUUCACGCCCCCCUCGCCGCCUUUUGCCUUAUAUGCAACGUCGGGAGUCUGCCCGUGCAACAUUGGGAGCGCUGCCAGCGUUACAUCGAGCGAUUCCUUAACGAGGCCAGUCAGCUCGUAACGCGUUCCCGAUGCGAGACCAGCGUGCUGCAGUUCUUCGGUGAUGACUUCCUGCGACUGCUAUUGGUGCGCUACGUGUUCUGCGACGUGGUACUGAAUCUGCACCGUUCGUUCAGAGGCCGUCAGCAGAGGCCGCGUUGUCAUCCGCCUCUGCCGGACGCGGAAGUCCUCGAGCAUCCCACCCUCCACCACCUGGUGCUCGAUCUAGCCGCCUGCCUGGACGCCCGCGAUCACUUUCCGGAAAGCAACGAGCUCGCCUGACCCCGGCAUCUACCCUGCCCGGUCUCCGACACGACGUCCGUGUUACCAUCUCACAACCACGAUUACGAUUACGACUACUGUA